AUGCACGCGGUGAGGCAGCAGGGGGCGCCAAUGAGCCGGUGUUUUUGAACACUUCCGGUACAAAAGAAGCGGCUGUGAGACAGACAGUAGCUAACGUUAGCCUCUGCAGUACGUUUAUUCGACUUAAUUAUUUUUUUUACUCUACUAAAAUGUUUGAGGCCGGAAAUCUGUCGCUGACACACACGCUAGCUUCACGCUAACGGUAGGAACCACAGUGACGAAGAGAGAGGUGCUAACGGCUAAAAGUAAACUGCUAAGAGGAGCAGUGACGGUGACAGCGGAAGCUAACAGUUUAUUGCUAACAAGACGAAGCAGCUUCUGGUACGGAGAAAAGGUGCGAGUUUCAAAGGUCCCUCCUGUUUCCUUUUCCUAACCUCUUUUACUUGCCCACGGUGGAAGGAUCAUUGAGGUAAAGGAAAGGUGCAGGUACCUGAGCUGUUUCUCUGGUCUCCAUCCUCACCUGUGCCGUGAAGGUGAAUCAUUAAGUCAGAGAUGAGCAGCUCUGUUCAGAGGAAGAGGCGGAGCACACAAAGUCCUCCGGUUUCUAGACACAACGCCAAGAGCGGGAGAGCUGCGAGUACCAGGAGGACGGCGAACGCCGACAGUGAUCCCACCCCCCCAACAGAGACCAUUGAUGUGAUGGACGGUGAGGAGGAGGUGGUUGUGGAUCUCACCUGUGAGAGUGGAGCAGAAGCUGCUGCUGUGGUCGACCUGACUACCAACAGUGACUCUGUGCUGCUGGUGGAUGAGGGUCCUCAGAACUGGAGACCACCUGUACAGAGUUAUCUUGUUAGCAGCGAUGAAGAUGAAGACACACCCCCCGUCCUCAGUGCCACCCUCCUGCCACCGACAAACACCUCCAGGUCAACUCCAGGGACAAUCAGCUGUCCUGUGUGUCUGGACGGAUACUCAGAGAUUGUUGGGAGCGGCCGAUUGGUCGUGUCCACCCGUUGUGGUCACGUGUUCUGCAGUCAGUGUUUGAGAGACUCUCUGACAUCAUCACACACUUGUCCCACCUGCAGGAAGAGACUUACUCACCGCCAGUACCACCCCCUGUACAUCUGACAUCACUCUGAGACCACAGCUGAGUCCUGCUGCCAUUGGACCACAGGCCAUGAUGUUGAUGUUAUUUGCUGCUGAAUUGUAUUUUUUUUUUUUUUCUUUUUUGUGUGUGCGCCUCUGUUUGGACAUUAAAGUGUUGAGUCAUAGCUGGUAAACAUGGAUUAAUGAUUCAUGUGUGUUGAUUUGUUUGUUAAAGCUGAAAUAAAUUUUGAUUUGUUUCACUCA